AUGACUGUAUUCGACGAGCUAGCUGAGACAGACGGAGACAACGAGUUCAGAACUUGGGUAUCGAAGCUUAUUGACGCAAAGCACGAUAUUGCUACCUUUGUAACUCAGCGCUUACAGAGUAAUAUACCUGGGGAGUUUGACGGCUAUCUAAAAGGGUCUUUUAACCUUAGCCGUGUUAUCAAAUUAGGCGAUGACCGCAAAGCUGUGAUCCGUUUCCCCAAACCAGGGCAUACCGCUACCACUCUUCGAGAAGAGGAGGUUAGAAACGAAGUCUUGUUCUUGGAUUACCUGCGCGAAAAGACCAAAAUACCUGUUCCACUGGUUCUGGACUGGGGGGUGACGGAUGAGAGCCCUUGCCAGCUUGGCCCUUUUCUCAUCAUGAACUAUGUUCACGGGACUACAUUAUCCACUCUUUUGAAGGAACCUACCGAAACCGAUCAAGACGAGGUUAUGCUCGCAACCGACAUAGACGAAACGAAACUGCAAUAUGUCUACGAACAAGUGGCCGACUACAUGCUACAAUUAUCUCAGUUGGACCUAGAUGCCAUCGGAGCUAUAAGUAGAAACGCCUCAAAUGAUUGGACAGUCAGUGGAAGGCCAUUGACAUACAACAUGAAUGAACUGGCAACCGUGGUCUCAAACUACCCGAGACACGACUUCCCUACCGCGCCUUUCGCUUCAGCACGAGCUUUCCUGCACCAUUUGGCCGAUGAGCAUCUCGUUCAUCUGAAGACCCAACGAAACCUUGCCGAUACGCGGGAGGACGCUCGGAAACGCUUCAUUGCUCGCCACCGCUUCAAGCAACUCAUCGAAAAGUACCUCCUCGCUCCUACUGACGCCGGCCCAUUCAAGCCUUACUGCGACGAUUUUCGGCCCACAAAUAUGCUCGCAGACCCAGAAACCUAUACCAUCACAGCGGUCCUAAACUUUGAAUUCUCAAACGCGCUGCCCGCGCAAUUCGCUUACGAUCCACCAUGGUGGCUUCUUCUCCUCGGGCCGGAUAUGUGGCUGGAACACCACUCAAAGGAAGAAUUCGAUGCACGAUUCGUGCCGCGCAUGCACCAAUUCAUCCAAGCGAUGGAGACGGUUGAAACUAAACAGAUUUUAGAGAAAGAUGAAAGUCCUCAAACUAGUCUGUCAGCUCGCAUGCGCGAGUCUUGGGAGUCCAAACAGUUCUGGUUUGAUUAUGGGAUCAGAAAGAGUUUCGACGUCGAUGCCGUGUAUUGGGCUGCUCUUCAUGAACCGGGGCAGGAGAAGCUUGAUGAGGACUUGGAGGAUGAGAUGGAGGCAUUUGUGAAUAUGAAGAUGGAGCAAUUGGAAGCGUAUGAGGCCGAGUGCAGGACUCGGUUUUCCAAAUAA